CCCGCCACGCUUAGCACUUCCCGCUGCGGGUCUCGCUGUCUCGAGAAGUCCAAAGUAUUGAGACUUAUACCGAUACCUCCCCCACGCGUCCUGAACGCCGCACCCGGCACCAUGGCGGGCUGGUUUGGCUCAUCGUCCAACGGCGCGCUCGACGAGCAGAUCGAGCGCGCCACCUCCUCGAGCUUGGAGGACAUGCCCCUCAACCUCGAGAUAUCCGACGUCAUUCGCUCCAAGACGGUGCAGCCUAAGGAGGCCAUGCGCUCGCUCAAGCGCCGGAUAGGGAACAAGAACCCAAACGUGCAACUGGCUGCAUUGAAUCUCACGGAUACCUGUGUCAAGAAUGGCGGCGCGCACUUCAUUCAGGAAAUAGCUUCGCGGGAAUUCAUGGAUAACCUGACGUCGCUGUUGAAAGCGCCCGGGGCUGUUGCGCCGAAUCAAGACGUCAAGAACAAGAUGCUGGAGCUGAUCCAGUCAUGGGCAACUGCUGCCGAAGGGCGCAGCAGCCUGAGCUACAUCAACGAAGUCUACCGCACCCUGCAGCGAGAGGGCUUCCGAUUCCCGCCAAAAGAGCACAUCGCUAGCAGCAUGCUCGAUAGCAGUGCGCCUCCCGAAUGGACUGACUCCGACGUAUGCAUGCGAUGUCGAACCGCAUUCACCUUUACAAAUCGCAAGCACCACUGCCGGAACUGUGGCAACGUCUUCUGCGGCUCCUGCUCGAGCAAGAACGUCCCGCUACCGCAUCUCGGCAUAAUGGAUCCAGUGCGUGUGGACGACGGCUGCUAUCACAAGUUGACGGACAAGACGCGCGCGACACCUGUGCCGAAAGGGUUCGAUGCUUCCAAGCCCAGCCGCACUCUGUACCAGGGGUCUAUGGAGCCACGGAAUGCUCGCGUCGAGGACAGCUUUGAUGCAGACCUGAAGCGGGCGCUAGAGAUGAGCUUGGAAGAGGCCAAGGCAGGGCCGGGAUCUGGAUCUGGAUACGUCUCGCAGUCGCAGCUACAGUCGCGCACGAAGUCACCAACGACAAACGGCACAUCGAAGCCAGAGCCCGAUGAAGAAGACGAUCCGGAUCUUAAAGCGGCUAUUGCAGCCUCGUUGGCGGAUAUGGAGGAGCAAAAGAAGAAGCAUGCCGCGGCGCUCCGAGAACAAACCUCCACCUCCAACGGCACGCCCAUCGUUGCACCAAAGCACGACUACGAGCUCACCCCUGCUGAGGCAGAGAACAUCAAUCUUUUUGCAACGUUUGUCGAUCGCCUGCAACAUCAACCGCCAGGGACGAUUCUGCGAGAGCCACAGAUCCAGGAGCUCUACGAGAGCAUUGGCAAGCUGCGACCCAAGCUAGCUCGCACCUACGGCGAGACCAUGAGUAAGCAUGACACUCUUCUCGACUUGCAUGCCAAGCUUUCCACUGUUGUACGCUAUUAUGACAGAAUGCUCGAGGAGCGGUUAUCAAGCACCUACAACCAGGCUGGAGCUAUGUAUGGUCUUCCUCCCCCAUCUAUGCAGCGCCCCGCAUCCACCUUAUAUCCUAGCAUACAGCCUGGCGUACUGCCGGAUAGUCAGACCGGCGAGAAUUAUUACACAGGAAACACUGCACCGGCCGACUCCUACGCCCGACCACAGUCCUAUUACCCGGGAUACCAGUCAACACCUCAACAGUCGUACGCACAAUACGACAAGCGGGCAUCCGUACCACCACAACAAUUUAACCCGCCGCCUCCAGAGCAGUACCAACAAGCACAACAGCCAUCACAGCCGUAUCCGACCUUGUCAUCGUAUAGCGGUGGAGCAGCGCCACAACAACGUCCGCCAAGUACGACCUAUCAAAAGCCCUCAUCCCCGCAACUCCAGCGCCAAGCGUCCACACAGCAAUAUCCCUCGCAGCCCACAUCCUCCUAUCCCCCACAAGCCCCGCCAUCGACCGUAUCGGAUGCUGAGAGUGCAAGUUUCUACUAUGGAGACUCGAGUGUUGCACAGCCUUCCGCACCACAGCGGACCCAGAGCUUCGCUUCCCAGCCCUCACAAGUACCACAGCCCUCCUCACCGGAGAUGUACCGCGCACCACCACAGCAAACUCCCAUGUCCCCUCCCGCUCAACCCGCUGCUGCUCCGCAGAACCAACCAUAUCCACCGCAGCAACAGCAACCAUCGACUCCGUAUUGGCAACAACAACAGGAUGCUACGCCCACUCCUCAGCAGCACGUGCCCCCUCCGCAGCACCAACCGUCUCAACCACCACCGCAAGCUCAACCCCAGCAACAAGCGCCGCCACCGCAGCAGCAACAGUACUGGCAGCAGUCACAACAGCCGAUUCAGAAACAGCCCUCUGGGCCAGCGCCGUGGCAACCGGCUCCGUAUGCGACAGGCGGAUAUGGGCCCGAGAGCUUCCCGUCGGCGCCGCAGCAUCAGUUACCAGUGCAGCAGAAGGUAGUGGAUGAGCCGUUGAUUGACUUGUAACAUAGAUUCGGAGAGCGGCUCGGGCGGGACGGAUCAACUUUGCAUUUGCAUUCUAGGCGCUUUUGGCGCAUCCUUUUUCACCAUGGUAGUGUCUACAUUGUAUAGAUUGGGAGGGGCGCCGAGCCCGGCGGCGCAGGCGAUGAGAGGGCAAGUCAAAUAGUUAAGCCAAUCGAAGAAAAUUCUUAAACGCGUG